AUGAUUGUGGAAGGCCUACGAAAAUCCGAUGAUCCUAGGAUGCAACAGAAAGCUUUCCAACUUGCUAAAAAAUGGGUCCUCGCAAAUCUUCACGUGUUUGAAGUUGAUCAGGCAAUGUGGGAGAAAUACAAUGUGGAGUCCGCGCAACCACGAACUGGAGGUGGAGGCGAAUACAAAGUGCAGGUAGGUUUGAGGCACUUAUCCUUCAACAAAUAUAACCAAAAAAGCGCUAACAGCUGA